UCCCCAAGAUGCGCUCUCUGGCUUGCAACGGCUUGGUCCUCCUGGGAUGCUUCUUGAUCGCCAGCAGCCGAGGAAACCUUUCUCAUGAUCGGAGCCAACCCAUGACGUCAGAUGAGAUUGUGGUUGCAGGCUCCAAAGUGUUGCUCCGCUGUGAAGUGGAAGACCCUGACAACUCCUCGCUCCAGUGGUCCAAUCCCGCUCAGCAGACCCUCUAUUUCGGGGAGAAGAGAGCGUUGCGAGAUCUUCGAAUCCAGCUGGAAAGGUCAACACCCUAUGAGCUGACCAUCAGUAUCGACAAUGCAACCCUGACAGACGAAGGGGAAUAUACCUGCUCCAUAUUCACGAUGCCGGUGCGGACUGCCAAGGCUAUUGUCACUGUGCUAGGAAUCCCCCAAAAACCCCAGAUCACUGGCUACACGGAUCCUCUUAAAGAAGGCGAUGUGGCCCAGCUGACGUGUGUCUCUUCGGGCAGCAAACCAGCUGCUGAACUCCGGUGGCAUAAGGGCGAGAAGGUGCUGCCAGGUGAGCCUUUGGAGGUGUCAGAAGAUUCCAAUGGGAAGACAUUCACCGUCCGCAGCCGGGUCGAAUUUACUGUCGAAAAGGAGGACAAUGGCGUGGAGGUCACCUGUACUGUUGAUCAUGCAUCCUUGCGGAACUCUGACAAAUCCACCUCUCAGAAGAUUUCAGUUUUUUACAAACCGACGGCUAAAAUCCAACCAAAGCCUGAACAUCCGCUAGAAGGGAAAAACUUGGAGCUUCACUGUGAUGGAGAUGGAAACCCAGUCCCUCAAGAAUACAAAUGGGAGAAGGAGGGGGCAGAGACAGCGCUGCCGGAAGCUCAGGACAGCAUCCUCUCUUUCCCCAAUUUGAACAAAAGUGACAGUGGGACCUAUAUCUGCUACGCCACAAACAUUAUGGGCCGUUCCAUAGCGAAGUACAACCUGGCUGUUAAUGAAUCAAGUCGAGUGCCACGUGAUAAAGGAACCUACCACGCCAUCAUUGGUGGAGUGGUCGCCGUCAUAGUUUUCCUGCUCCUUAUUCUGCUCAUUGUUCUCGGACACUACCUGAUCCGGCACAAAGGCACCUACCUGACCCAUGAGGCCAAAGGCUCAGAUGACGCCCCCGACGCAGACACGGCCAUCAUCAAUGCCGAGGGAGGUCAAUCCGGUGGGGAUGACAAGAAGGAGUAUUUCAUCUAAGCGGGGGAAGGGUGGGGCGUGGC